GUGGGCAGGUGAUCUCGAAAACGACCCAGCGAAGACACAGCCCAUUUGGUCUUUAAUAACCAGCAGGAAACCGCCACACUCCCAACCAACCAGAAGCUGAUCGCUACUAGGAAUCUUUCGACAAUUCGCAGUUCCGUAGGAUUGGGAUUUUGGAUUCGACGAAUACGAGAAUGCUUGGGAUUUUCCGAAGAGCUGUCUAAGGUUUCAGUGACUUGUCGUAGAACCCAGAUACUGUCAUCUGGGUUUUGUUGAUUCGGCAAAGAUGAUGCUGCACUUUAAUGACCCGGCAAAGUUGAAGACCAAGAAGAUUGUGUUCGAGGAGGUUUACGCUGCUCGUGAUUCCGCGACACUUGAGCAACUGAAAGAAUUGAGCUCUAAGCGCAGAAUGCUUGAGGAGUCCAUCAAUGAGAGCAGCUCCAUCAAUGGCGCCAUUGCAAGAGAAAUGUCCGGAGGGCUAACUUCUCGUAAUCAACAGGUUCUUCACAACCUUGAACUGUAUCUUCCCUUGUUGGAAAAUUUGAUUUGGCACGUUGAUCGGGUCAAGAGCCACCACCAGAUAGUUCGAUGGACUUCAGAACUUAAGAUACAAUGGACUAGUGUUCUUAGUUCAUCUUCUUUCUUUAACUUGAAAGGAUCGAAAUAUUUUCAAAUCAACAACUUGCAGUUUGAGUUGUGCCUGACCCUUUUCCUCUAUGGCGCAAUCCUUCGGGAGAGGGCAUUAGAAGUUCUUCCUGCAGACCUAGUGCAAUCUGCCACGCUAUUCCGAGAAGCUGCUGGUGUUUUUCAUCACCUUGCUCAUCAAGUUAUUCCUUUUCUACAACACUCAUUGGUUGGGGAAAGGCCACCAGAAGUUGUCUCAUCAGUGUCUGCUGCCAUGAGCCUCAUUUGCUUGGCCGAUGCCCAGGCCGUAACAAUUAAAAGGGCUGAAGAGAAGGGUACUACUGUCGGUCUUUUGGCAAAGUUGCACCAUGGUAUUGUAGAAUUGCUUGAUGAAGCUGCAGGCCUUUUGCAUACGGCAAAGGAAUGUAAAGACACUUCUUCGGAUGUUGCGGACUUUUUAUCAUCCUGCAAAAUGCUACACGAGUUACAAGCCCAGAAAUACUUUGCGGAAACCCUAAAGCGUUCCAACCAAUUCGGGGUCGCUGUUGCAGUUCUUCGAUUCACACUGACUAAUGUGAAAAAGAACAUGCCCGGCAAAGAAUCGUGGAAGUCUGUUCUCAAAGAGGAAAUUGACAAUUUUUCCGAAUUGCUCAGAAAGCAUGAACAUGAAAACGAAUUUGUUUGGCACGAGAAAAUCCCCUCGGAGGAAAUGUUGUUGCCAAAACCCGAAGGUAACAAAAUCGCAAACAUCAUCCCUUAUCAACCGAAAAAAUGGGAAAGACAGCUUGCCUUCAAGAUUUGAAUGUACAAAGAGAAACCAGUUCUUGUAAAGUAUGUCCUGUCUCAAGCGAAGCAACACAAAAUUAAGAUUACUGGGUUAAGAUUAGUGGCUUCCUCGUUUUGCUCCCUCGGUUACACAAAACAUGCAACGUUUUUGAGAUUUGAUCAGAGGAAGGUUUUGCUGGUUUGUUGAACUGGAUGUUCUAGAACUUUUUUGUGUAAUUGGUGCCUAUAGCCUAUAGGAUUGCAACUUUUUAAUGGAUUUCUCCUACAAAAUAUAUGAAACUUGUACAUUAUAUGACGGUGUGACAGACACACUAAAUGAUUACUCAAACUCACGCUUCA